AUGGAAGAAAACCUGAAAUCUGUGUUGCCUAAAUUACUUGAUAGCAUUCUAGAUAAUUCACAUUUUGUGAACGAUCAUCUAGCUGUACGUUUGAUCAAACUUUUAUCCAAGUAUUUCACUGAUUCAUGGCAACAAAUCAUAUCGAAUAAAGAACCAUUAUCGCCACGACCAGCUAUACAGAUAACAACAGAUCAGUUUAUUAUUUUUCUUGAUUAUGAAGUUAUUAGUGAAACAUCAUCAAUUGAUCAAGCUUUAUGUAUUGUUAUUUCAUUAUAUGUUAUAUUCGAAUUACAAUUUGGUAAUAGUCAAGAUCAAACAACAGCUACAUAUAUUGGUGAUAAGGAUCUGAUCAAUGAGUAUUCAUCAGAAUCGUCAGAUUCUUCUUCUUCUUCAUUAUCACCAAUGGAUCCUCCACUUGUUAUUCACAUUUCACCAACAAAAGAACAACAAAGACAAAUAGCAUCUUCAUCAUCUUCAAACGGCAAUACAUUAUGUGAAGUAAAUAUCAAACAGCAAGUAUCAGCAGCAUCAACUGAUCGAUCUUCAACUAUUUCAAAUAAAAAAACUUGUCAAGCAAAAAAACGUCUUGCUAGUUCCGAAGAACCAAUAGCAUUACGUGUAAAACGUACACGAGUUAAAAGACAAAUUAACUAG